GUGAUUAAUUAUAUAGACAUAAAAGGAGGAAAUCCAAUAAGAAAGAAGGGGAAAGAGGCUAUAAGAAGAUACCUAUUGGGAAGAUUGGGAAUAGGUAUGGAACAGAGGGGUGUAUUUACUUGGUCAAACAGAAGAAGCGGAAGUGAAGAAGUGAAGGAGAGGUUAGACAUGGCUUUUGUGAAUGAGGGGUAG